AUGACAACAAAUAAUGAAAAAUCGAGUCAAGAAAAUCAACAAAAUCAACAAAAUUUAAAUAAAGAAGAUACAAAUUCACAAGAAAGACGCUCAAGUAAUUCGUCUUCAAAUAGCACCAUAUCAUCCUUAGGUAACAGUACCGGAAGCGAUUCUUUUGGAAAUUCUACAAAAGGUUUGGUUGUAAAAACUUUAAAAUAUUCUGAUGAACAACUUGCACCAACAACAACAAAAAAGUCUUUUAUUCCAAAUUUAUUAUUGGGAUCAAAUGUCUCAAAAAUUAAUCCAACAGCUAACAACAACAGUAAUAUCCCACAAAAUCUUCAUCCUUCACUAGUUUUGGAUAAUAAAUGGAAAACUAAUGAGAAUUCUUGCGUAGAAAAGGGAAGAGAAUUUGAGAGGAAAAACUGCUUGAUAUGGGUAAGUGAAAUUUUGAAGUUUAAAGUUUUGCGAAAUUAA